GACUUUUCGUGAUAUUAGUAGAUUUAACAAAGAGAACCUUUAGUUUAAAAAAAAAUAAUACUAGAAGCUAAGAUAUUUUUUUUCUCUUCAUUAUUUUCAUAAAAUUCAAAUGAAUGAAAAAACACAUGAUAUGUGGUGGAGCACAUGACAGAAGGCGCCGAAGCAAAAAACCGAAGAAUGGGCUACCGCAGAUCCAGCUGGACGAGGACAUUCGUGUCAUUUUCCAAUUAGGGUUUUCAUAAAAACGCAUCUUCAAGAUUCAAAACGAGCUACACUAACCUCACCCACCCACUAACCCAACCACCAAUUAAAUAUUAACACGUAAAUUUUAAUUUUAAAAACCAAAACCAAUAAAACUCCACCACGUGUUAAGAUCCACCAAUAAGAAAACAACAAUGAGAUCACAACGUAACCCGCGGGUGAGAUAAUGACAGUGAGAAAAUAUAGUGUAGGUGGUGCUAUUUGAAUCACUGCUUUUAGUGAAACAAAACCCUCUCUCCCCAAAAACCCAAACCCUUGGCGGCUGCGAGACUCGUUCUCUCUCUCUCUCUCUAUCCUUUUUCUCUCUCUAUCGUUCCCUUUAGGGUUUCUCAUCUCUUCGAUUUGGGGCUAAAACCCUAUCUAUCGAUUCAGAUUCAGAUUCGUUUUUGGGGUUUCUGUUUCUUGAAUCAUUUUUUUUUAUUCAGAAGAAAGAACGAGAUCUCUUUGCUGAUUUGAAUAUGGCUACCGUUGCAAAUCCCGCGGAUCAAACAGCUGAAUUGCUGCAGCUGCAGAAGUUGUCAUUAGACUCCAAGCCGAAGCCGUUGGAAAUUCCUGAGCCGAACAAGAAGGCUACAGGAAAUCAAUAUGGAUCAGUUGAUUCUGGAAAUGCUCAGAAUGGCCAGAUCCCGUCAUAUGAACGGUCGAUAACCCCAGUGUUGCAGGACUUUAUGGAUCCCACCAUGUGCUAUCUCCCGAAUGGUUACCCUUCUUAUUAUUAUGGUGGUUAUGAUGGGACUGCUAGUGAUUGGGAUGACUACAGUAGAUAUAUGAAUCCUGAUGGAGUUGAUUUGACUGCUGGAGUCUAUGGGGAUAAUGGGUCGUCUCUAGUCUAUCAUCAUGGAUAUGGGUAUGCACCGUACACCCCCUACUCUCCAGCUGGUUCUCCAGUUCCAACAAUGGGAAAUGACGGUCAGUUGUAUGGGCCUCAACACUAUCAGUAUCCUCCUUAUUUUCAGCCCUUGACUCCGACCAGUGGGCCAUUUACACCUACUGCUGUCCAUCCUCAGGGUGAGAUAUCCACAUCUGUUGCAGCUGAUCAAAAGCCUCUUUCUGUGGAAUCGGCUAAUGGAAAUUCUAAUGCUGGCACCAAUGGCGCAAGUGCUAAAGGUCGCACUCCUACUUCUGCUUAUCAGGAUCCCAGAUUUGGUUUUGAUGGAGUACGCUCACCUAUCCCAUGGCUAGAUGCCCCAAUAUUUUCAGAUGGGCAGCCAAGACCUGCAAGUAGCACAGCAAUUUCAUCCUCAAUAUCAAGUGGGAACAAUGGUACUGCUUCAAGGAACCAGAAUUACCGCCCCAAUUCUCAAUAUAUGGGCUUGCACCAUCCGAGACCAAUUCCUGCCAUGGGAGCCACUCCUGGCUUCAUCAACAGACUGUAUCCAAGCAAGUUAUAUGGUCAGUAUGGGAACACAGUUAGAUCAGGUAUGGGUUAUGGAUCACAUGGGUAUGAUUCUCGUACAAAUGGGCGGGCUUGGCUUGCUGUUGACAACAAAUACAAAACUAGAGGAAGAAGUGGUGGUUACUUUGGGUAUGGCAAUGAGAACACAGAUGGUUUGAAUGAACUGAACAGGGGACCUAGGGCCAAGGGUGGUAAGAACCAAAAGGUUUUUGCACCAACUGUUCUCGCAGUUAAAGGGCAAAAUUUGCCAGAAAAUACUGUUGAUGAGGAGAAAGAGAAGAACAGUGCUGUUCCAGACCGCGAACAAUAUAACAAGGCUGAUUUUCCAGAAGAAUAUACUGAUGCUAAGUUUUUUGUCAUCAAGUCUUAUAGCGAGGAUGACAUUCAUAAAAGUAUCAAGUAUAAUGUGUGGGCCAGCACACAGAAUGGUAACAAGAAGCUUGAUGCUGCUUAUCAAGAGGCCCAGCAGAAACCUGGUGGCUGCCCUAUAUUCCUUAUGUUCUCGGUUAAUACCAGUGGACAAUUUGUUGGUCUAGCAGAGAUGGUUGGUCCCGUUGAUUUUAACAAAAGUCUGGAGUAUUGGCAGCAAGACAAGUGGAAUGGUUGUUUUCCUUUGAAGUGGCACAUUGUUAAGGAUGUUCCCAACAAUGUGCUGAGGCACAUUACAUUGGAGAACAACGAAAACAAACCUGUCACAAACAGUAGGGAUACUCAGGAGAUAUUGUUGGAGCCAGGUCUGAAGUUGGUCAAAAUUUUCAAGGAAUACUCCAGCAAGACAUGCAUUCUGGAUGAUUUUGGGUUCUAUGAGGGUCGUCAAAAGACUAUUUUGGAGAAGAAAGCAAAGCAGCAAUUCCCAAAGCAGGUAUGGGAAGGGAAGCCUACUGAUGAAAAGAUAGAAGUGAAUGGGGAAACUGAUAAAAAACCUGAAGUUACAUCGGAGUUGCUCAAGGAGUCUACCCUAGCAGUAAAGGACAAUGCUGACCACAAACUCUCUGAGAAUGGAGCUGUUGCAAAAACUGGAGAUGCCCCAAAGGGUGCUAAACCAGUUGUGUCUGAGAGUAAAAUUGUACCCAAUGGGGUUGCUAAUGGUUGCUAAGUUCUACAUUUUCCAAUGAUGGUGGUGAUCAAGUUUAAUGGCAUAUUUUGAUCCUUUGAAAAAUACUACAUUCCGCAACUUGGUACCGCCUCUUGUUGGAUCCGUCUCGCCUUCUCUUGCUUUGUGAAGAUGAUUGGUGAUUUGUGAGAUCUGUAUAUUGAGAUAGGCUGAGCUGAGUUAGUUGAUAGAAUGCUAGCACCAACCCCACUUAUGAUUGGGUUUUGUUUACAGUGGUUAGCUCCUGACAGUUUUUUUCCCUAGGGUUUUUUGGGUUUUAGGGUUUCUGCAUAAGAUGCUCAUAUGGAUUUUGUUCGGAUUUUAUCCUCCCCUCCCCCUUAUCCUUUUUUUUCUUGCCUUUUUCUUUUCUUUUUUCUCUUUUACUUGGUUGGUCGUUUCCUGUCUUGUAAAUUUAGAUCUACCUUGAUGCGGAGCAGCUUUCUUUUAUUACUUUCAACAAGGGGUAGAUGCAAGGCAGGAAAUGUUUGAAAUAUAGUUGGUUUUAAGUUUAAGACUGUUUUAUAAUUUAGUAUUUGAAGAUUGACUUGCGCAUACUGGAGAUAGAUUAUUUGUGGACAAUCUGUCUGUUAUGAUGUAAUAGGGUGUUUUUUCUGGCUAUGAAGUUCACAAUAUUUACUUUA